AUGCAGUACAAAUCUCUCGCAGCCCUCCUCUUCGCCAGCAUGGCUAUGGCCGCCCCAGCUGACGUUGAGUCCGCCCUUGAAUCCGCAGACGCUGAGCUCGAGGAUCUCAUUCCUCCCUCUAUUGCCGUGGUUCUCGCAACCGCCGUCCCAACUUCAUUCUGGGCCGAAGCCACCAACACCGCCAACUUCCUUUCCCAAGUCGAGCAAGGCAUGGUCUCCAACUCCUGGCCCACCUGGUACAGCAGCCUUCCCGACAGCGUGAAGGAGUACGUCACCACUGCUGUUGAGGACUACUAUCCUUCUUUCGCAUCGUCCGUUGCCGCCGAGAUCACCAGCUCUGGCGGUAGCGGCUCCAGCCCUAGCACUGCUGAGGCCACCUCCACCGGCGCUUCCAGCUCUGAUGCCUCUAGCUCUGAUGCUUCGUCCUCUGACACUUCUACUACCACCGGCUCGGACGCCUCGUCCUCGCCCUCGGCUUCGGCGUCUGGAUCUGCUGCAUCGACCACUGCCGAUGGUGGUGCCGCCCCUACUGGUAUCGCCAUGAGCCUUGCUGGCGCCGCUGGCGUUCUGGGUCUUGCUCUAGCCCUGUAA